AAUGUUUUAAAAAUGUUCUCUUAUAUGGCAGCAUCGCAACGUCUAUUAACGGAAUAUAAUAUUGGUGUUAUUAUUUACUCUAGUAAUUGCCGAGCGGCCGGGAGAGAGAGAGAUGUGUAAUUCGUUUAGUUGAGUAUACGCCGUGACAAAUGAGUAGGAGAGACCAACGUCACAGCAAAGUGCCAACCAUUUGUGAGAACACUUGAAACGGUGGCCAAAACAAUGGUGGUGUUAUCCUCUGACAUGAAGUUCACUCCUGCAGCAUAGUCGAAUUGGCAGUUACAGUUUGGUCGUAGAACGCUUGAGUUGCCAAAUUGCUUUCAAUGCGGCUAAAGUGUGCUUCUGUGAUUUCGCUUGAAAUUUUUUGAACUUGAAAGUGAAUAACGCUGCAAUAACGUAUGAAAGCAAUAUAUCAUUAAACUAAAAUUUGAAAAAAGAAAAGCUGGAAUCAGAAAUGAAAGCAAAGUCAAAAAUGCAGUGAAGACAAUUUGGAAAGAUGCAUUUAGAGGCGUCAAAAGAAAAUUAGCGAGCAAAAAUCAAUCAAUUUGUAUUUGUAGACAACGAAAUAGUGAUAUAUCGAAAUCGCGAUUUAGUUGAAAGGUGAAAACAAGGAAAGAUCUUGUAGCUGCCAAACAAAUAACAAAUAAUAAAUCGGUACUCUUGGACCUCAUUGACUGUCACCACAGGCUAACGGAAAUAAAAAUGAGUGACAGCCGCCGCAAUACCGCAACCGAAUUCAGUUACAUUCUGCAAAGACAGGGAAGCGAUGUUUCCGCAGGUGAAACCCAUGCAUUUGACGACCUCAAUAAUCUUAUGGAGGCGAAGCACUCAACACAGCAUCAACAGCGCCCACAUACUAAUGAGGGAGGACAAUAUACUGAAACGUUGUCGGUAUUAGAAGGGGACACAUUGUCCUCACUUCCGCAAGCCUCAUUCAACUACAUAAAUUCCAUUGUCGGCAGCGGCGUCAUUGGCAUUCCAUAUGCACUCCAUCGCGCUGGUUUUGGUUUGGGUUUACUGUUACUAGUAUUGGUUGCUUACAUCACGGAUUAUUCUCUGAUUUUAAUGGUCAGAUGCGGUCAUUUAUGUGGGCGAUUUAGUUAUCCAGGUAUUAUGGAAGCCGCUUAUGGGAAAUAUGGGUAUUACCUUUUGUCGAUGCUGCAGUUCAUGUAUCCAUUUCUGGCUAUGAUUUCGUACAAUGUCGUUGUGGGAGACACUUUGUCUAAGGUUCUAGUCCGCUUCUUCCCAUCAUGGGGCACUUCAAUGGGUGCAGUCCGGAUGGGAGUUGUAUUCUUCGUUACCGUGGGUGUUGUCGUCCCAUUAUGUUUGUAUAAAAACGUUUCCCGAUUAGCCCGCGCAAGUUUCAUCAGCUUAGCCUGUGUUGUUUUUAUCUUGUUCGCCGUAAUUAUUAAGCUCUUAUCAGGGGAUUACACCGUCGUGGAUACGCCAGACUCUUGGAGAUUUGCCAACGUUGAUUUGAUUCCAGCUACAGGUAUUAUGGUAUUUGCCUUUAUGUGCCACCACAACACAUUUUUAGUUUACCAGUCAAUGAGAAACGCGACUCUGGAACGUUGGGAAAAGGUUACGCACAUUUCCAUAGGGUUCGCUUUAGCAGUGGCAGCUCUGUUCGGCAUUGCUGGAUAUUCUACUUUUCGCGCACUAUCGCAAGGUGAUUUAUUGGAAAAUUACUGUUGGAAUGAUGAUUUGAUGAACUUUUCUCGAGUGCUUUUUUCUGUAUCAAUUUUAUUGACCUUCCCCAUAGAAUGUUUUGUAUCCCGAGAGAUAGUUCGUGCUUUGGUGCAUCGCUUUGUAUUGAAGGAACCCAUUAGUGAGUUUACACUAGACAAAGAUCCAAAUCUGGAAAAGGGUGCGGACAUCGAUGAAUAUUCAAAAACCAUAACUUUGGCUAUAGUUUUCAGUGCUUUCAUUAUUUCACCAUUAACGGAUUGCUUAGGUUCUGUUUUGGAAUUAAAUGGUCUUUUGGCGGCGAUUCCUUUGGCAUAUAUUUUACCUGGUCUUGCUUAUAUACAAAUGGAGUCCCAUUCUCUCUUCAGUAGGGAAAAGUUGCCGGCGCUCGGUUUGGUUGUCUUCGGCACUAUUGUCACAAUAUUAGGUGUAGCCGUGCUAUUGCCCGGCCUCAUGGGCGAUUGUCGUGCGGAUGUGGUCAUGGAUUAUUGUAGGCAAGAAUUUACGAACGUGGCAAAUACAAGCAUGACGGUUGCGACCAUUAAAAGAGGAAACUAAUAUGCUUUUUAAUCUUUUCAAAUUGUUAAUAUAUACACACACAUGCUUACAUCAAUGCAUUUCAAUUACAUACAGGCAUAAUAACAACACCCAAAGGCAAUCGUAUGCAUAUAACAUUGAUAUCUGCCGGUUGCAGGAACAUCCAUUUCCAUUUUAAUCGUGUGGUUCCAUAGAUCGUUUGAAUCUUUUAGCUACAUAAUUUUGAGCAUACAAAGCAAUAACAGAGUAGUCUACAUAAAAAUUGUUAUAACUCUUUAGUCAAAAUAUACAUACAACGUGUAUGUAAAUGCGAAUGCGUUUUGCAUUUUGUGCCUAUGGAGGCAUAGAGUUGCAUGAAGAAUAUUUUUAAUGAUUGUAAAUUCUCAUACUUUUUCACUCAUUCUUGAUGUGUGCAUAUUACAUAUUUUAACAGACAUAUGUAUGUACAUUAACUUAUACCUAUAUAUGUAAACAUGUACCUGCAAUGUACUUACAUACGCUCAUACAUACAUACAUAUAAACAUACAAUACAUUUAUUAAUGCAAAUAUCUGUUAGGGAACGUUUGAACUCAUCAUAUAAGCACUUUUUAAAUAUGUAUGUAGAUUUUGAAUGAUAGAUACACACUUACACAUCCCAAUUAGAUAUAUGGAACGACGUAAUCGUUUUCAAGGCAUUUCAAACACAUAACCUAAAAUAUUCGUAGGCAACCUGUUGAUUUGGAGCAAAAAAUCUAGUUGUUUGUUUAAAGAAUUUUGCCUUCGAAUCCAACUGCAUAUCAUGCAGUGAAGGAAAGGGUUGCGAGCAAGAUUCCCUUCAGUUUAUAUUUUAUACAUAUUCGUCUUCCGUGAUUUGGAAGGAGAUCUUCAACAGUGUAAUCUUCUACAAUGGACGAGUGUUCGACCAUGAGCUAGAAAGAUACUAGACCAUCCUGAAAUGAAUAUAUGAUGUGCAAUACCAAGGCGGAAAAGUUAACACAUCUGUUAGCUGGUAAAUCAAAAUUCAACACAACAUAGAUACACAGGCACAACUUUAUUCUACAAAUUUUAUGUCAGACCAUACAUAUACACGCACUGUAGGACUAUCAGAAUCGUUUUUAGAGUAAAAUAUAAAGCUCUUAGCAACGUUAAUCACCCGUAGCAGAUUUCAAUGCAUACAAUUCUCAAGUUAAAAGUGUAGAGAAGUGUGAAUUCCCAUAGGCACUGAAGUAGAACCAUAAAUUGCUAUACACACAGGCAUAAAUAUCACAUUGGUGAUACAAAUUUACAAGGAAAACAGUAUGUGCAAAAAGAACUAUUUUAAACAAAAAUAAAUCUUAGUUUUGAUAUUAUAUACAUACGUGUACACUCAUACAAGUAUAUACUGUUAAGUCGUUUUUGGCACUUAAUUAAUACGAAUGCACUGAGAACUUUUGUUAACUCAUUGUAGAUUAACAAUUUUUUAAUGUUUUUAUUAGAGCUGAGAAUAUUUGAAAUGAAAAUAAUUAGAACUGUAUAAAUAUAAUGCUUUAUUAAUUGGGCAUGUAUGUAAAGAUAUCCAAACUCUUUUAUAUACAUACAUACAUAUACACAUAAAUAACAUAUGUGCAUGCAUAAGUAACAGGAUGACAGGAUGAUAAUUUGUGAAAAAUAACAUUAAAGACAGUUCCAUAAAACUUAAAAACCAAAAACAAUUCAACAAAAUAAUUACCUGAAAAGGUAUAUAAAAAUUUAUAGUUUGGAAUGAUUGUUAUCUCGACGUUUUGAGACUGAAUGAAGUCGGAAAACACUUUUUAUAUUCAAAAUCAAUUACCGCAUUACAAAAGGAUAAGCAACAUUACAAUCAAUUUUAUAAAAAUAUACAUUUCGCAAGAGGAUGAGAAUAUUUAAACGACAUAAAUUACAUAUCUGCAACUUUUAAGGCAUUUCACUAAGAAUUUAAGCCAAGAUCUUCUGAAUUUUGUUGCCACAAUUUUUUACUUACCUGUUGUGAGGUCAUAUGCAUAUGUAAUUUUUGUGUUUAUCUUUUAGUUUUUUCUCAAUCACUGCUUUAUCAUAUCUGUUUUUACAGUUGUAGGUAUAUUUUAUUAAAAGGGAACAUGCCGCCAAUGACAUAAAUUUGUUCCAGGAACUAAAUACAUUAGGAGUUUUAGGUCACCUGCUUUCAGUCAAAACUUUAAAAUAAAAAAAUCUAUUAAACAAACUGCGAUGUA